UUUUAGCAGUUGUGUGUAGGUAAUAAGCAGGAUAAUCUCUUCACCUCUGUCUCCUCUCACAGGGAGAAGAUGAUCUGCAGCAUCCUGCUGCUCAUCAUCCUGACCUCCUGUGUCUCUGGAACAUUUGUAGUGAAUGUGACCCAGACCUCCUAUCAGGCAGAGGAGAACCACGACAUCACACUGGAGUGGACCUUCACAACCAACCCUCACAGUUCCUCCAACUCUCUUAAUAUCUUCUGUGAACUGUUAGCUGAUCUCAGAACAACAGUCCUGUUUCAUCUCCAUGAAGGAGUUGAGGUCCCAGAGUCUCAGGAUGAACAGUUUGCAGGACGAGUCCAGUGGGACAAAGACGUCCUCAGAGAAGGACGACUCAGACUUCAUGUGUCCAGACUCAGGACUGAAGACUCAGGACUGUACCUGUGUGAUAUUCUCACAGAUUAUGGGAGUAACUCUGGUAGAUGUUGGCUCAAUGUCACUGCAGCUGCUGAUGAGCCAAAACCUCAGAGACCAACAGUUAGACCAGAACCAGAGAGUCUGAAAUACAUCAGGAUCCUCUACGUUGGACUGGCAGCAGCAGCAGCAGUUCUACUGAUUCUUUAUCUUUGUUUUAAAUCUAUUAAUGAGAAAAGACACAUAUUCAGCCGUACAGAUGUCGAGUUUAUCAGAGAAAGGAGCCAUCAGGACUAACAGAACUCAGUCUGGAGGAUCCUCUUUAAAUGAGUCAUCAGAGCAUAAAGUCACAGUUAUAAAAACUAAAUCAGACUCCUAGAGUCUCUCCUCCUUCUGUUCUUAGUGUCAGAAAACUAUUUGUGAUAUAAAAUGUUGUGUUAUAUCUUUAUAUUUUAAAUUAUGUUUUAAUUACUUGCAUCAAUAUAUUAUGUGUUACUUGUAAUGUUCUCUCUAUUGUUACUUGUCUAGACACUACUGAUGUAAAUUAGCAUUAAUGCUAACUCCAGCAUGUUAACAUCUUGAUGUUCAUUAACGAGCUCUGUC